AUGAUGAUGAAGCACGCCCAUAUCCACGGUAUUCAGAUAUCCGAAGAGAAGCGGGAAAAGUACAUGAAAAGACUCAAGCUCUCGACGAGGCUACUGCAAGCAAUGCUGCUCUUCCCGUUCCUUGUCUUUUGGGCUACGAUAGUCGCUAGUUUGGAGCAGACGCCGUUAACUGGGCGGUGGCGAACGAUCUUCCUGUCGCCGGAGGAAGAAGACGAUAUUGCCGCCCAGCUUAUUGGACCAGGGUGGUACAAUGCAGUUCACCAAGUCCUAUCUGAAGAGGGCGAACCAAAGUUCAUUCCACCGACUGACUGGAGAUACCAAUGGGUUAGGGAAACCUUGCAAAGACUGGUCGCUGUUCUUCCAAUCCUAGAAGAUGAACGUCACCAAGCACCCAAUUGGGUCGAAGUGGGGCCAGACGACCGACCUCUUCCUCCUCCGGCGCGCUACCCUCUCAAACCACGUCCCCGUGCUGUCGACUACAUACGCCUUGUAUGCCAUAAACUUGGUGUGACACAAUCUCCCCGCCCGAGCGAUUCGGAUCACUUCGCCCUCCUGCUCGUUGACAGCCCCGUCGACUCCAACGCGUUUUCGUACGGCUUCUGGCCCAAUGGUGGCUCGGGGAUUGUGGUCUAUUCAGGGUUCCUCGAUGAUAUAUUCGCGAAAACACCGCUUCAAUAUGUUACACCACCAGAUGACCGCUCAUGGCUAUCGCAAUUCUUGGGGGUCCCUCCACCACAGCCUUACCCUGUUGUCAACGAGGAGCAGACGACCGACCUGGCCGUUCUCCUCGCCCAUGAACUUUCACAUCUGAUUCUAUGUCAUCACCUCGAAUCUCUGUCGAGCUCAUCCAUCGUGGUUCCAGGGACGAUAUCCAUCAUCGCGGACAUUGUUCGCGUUCUUGUCUUCCCCAUCACCAUGUUCUUCGGUCCUUUCGUCAACGAUGCCGUAGCCAAGAUGGGCGAUGUUGGAUCAGGGGAGCUACGAAGGAUGGGCGAAUGGUGUACGACUGCUAAGCAGGAAGUCGAGGCAGAUGUUGUCUCUGCCAGGAUCCUCGCAUACGCAGGCUUUGAUGCUCGAGACGCUGUCAAGUUCUGGGAGAACAGAUCAGACUCGGAUCCCGAAUGCCAUCGCGUCGAAAGGGACAGGGCUGCACAUCUCAAAACCCAUCGCAUUAGAGGUGUUGGCCAUCCGGAAAAUGCAAGACGGAUAGAAGUUCUGAAGCAGGAAUUAUCCAGCUGGGAAAAGGCGAGGCUGGCAGCUGCUGCGGCUAGGGCAUAG